AUGAACCCCAGUCGAAUUGUGGAGCUAGCAACACGCAUUCAAGAAUUGACGAAAGAGAUCGACAGUCAUCUACGGGAAAAUGACCUCCAGGCUACUAGUUUUGACGAAAACGGUCCCGUUGAGCUGGGCCUCUCGGGACACAUGUUAGCAGCCCGCGAAGAAGUCUUGUCGUCUACUCUUGAGCUUCACAACCUUUUCUUGGGGCCGUCAAAUUGCCUUCGUUCGGUGUUGAAUAAAGUCAGCCUGCAGGCAACCUAUAGAUUCGACACCGCCCGCCACGUCCCCGUGCACGGAGAAAUCUCUUUCAGAGAGCUCGCUGAAAAAUGUGGAUUCGACGAGGCCAACUUGCGUCGCACACUGCGAUUUGCCAUGGCUUACCAUCAUGUCUCCCAAGAGCCCCGCAAGGGCUUUGUCGCUCAUACCGCGGCCUCACGCAGGCUGGUAGAUGAUCCCACCGCACGCGCUGGGCUCGGGUACAUGUUUGAAGAGGUCUGGCAGGGAUCUGCCCACUACUACUCAUCACACCCUGAAAUGGCUCGACGAUUUGCCUCUGCAAUGUUCACAUUUGCCUACGGCCACCACAAUGCACCGUCCUUCCUGGUACAAGGUCUGGUAGCCCAGGACUACCCUGAGCUCCAGUUCCUCGUCCAGGACCUGCGGGUUAUGAUCGACGGCGCAGCAGAGAGUUUGUCAAAAGAGGUGCGGGAUAGAGUGGCAUUUCAGGCGCACGACUUCUUCACAGCGCAACCCGUGCAGUAUGGCGUCCGGAUUCUUCAGGCGCUUAUUCCCGCCUUGCGACCCGGAGCUCGGAUUAUUGUGAACGACUACCUGCUCCCUGAGCCAGGGUUACUGUCCCUGCUUAAGGAGCGUGCUGUCCGGGACCUGGACAUGAUCAUGUUUACACUCUUCAACUCCAGGGAGCGAGAAGAGGCGAGACUGGGUUGA